AUGUUCAGUCACUCCGGACGUAGGUUUCCCUUGGUCAAUGGAAAAACAAAAGUCAUUGACGAACACGAUUAUCCCUCAGUGCACGAGCAAGAGUUAGCCACCCCUGAUCUCAAACCAACAUGGCUCCCUGCCGUCAACACCAAACCCGUUCCCUCUAGAUCCGUCUUCUCCGACGACGAGCAACAGGAUGAGACCGUCAUUCGACACAACAUUGGCAUGCUUGCCUUGGACGGGGGCUCCGACGAGAGCCAUAUCCGCAAAGCAUCCUAUCCUGGUCUGGGUGGAACGACCAUCUUUUCCCGCCGCGAAACCUCUAGCGGUCUCAAGAGCAGCCGCCAUGUUUCCCAGGCCAUGUCUGUCGUCUCCAGGCGUGAGACCGUCAGCGGCUUCUCUACAACCGGUGGUCAUAACCACCACCGUCACAACUUUCACAAUCACCCUCUUUAUGAUACAUCAGCCUUGUGGAAGCUGAACAAGGAUCAUGUUGAGCAAUCAUCCUUGACGGUCGAGCUCGACUCUCACAUGCAACGUGCUCUCGACCGAUACAGCCGCUCCGUCGGCUGCUCCCUGGAAUUUAAACGCUCCGUCACGUCCAAGGACUUCCUGAGCAUGGUCACCAAUGAGAGACUGCGGUACAUGCCCGACAAGGGAAGCCGCCUUGACGAGACACUCAAGAAGGCCGAGUCCUUUGGUGUCAAGUUCGACAAGAUCAUGGCGGCUAUGAAGAUGAUCGAAAUGUCCACCUUUGAGAGCUCCGCUCUUGUCUUGUCAUCAUGCAAGACUCUGCUGGGGUUCGCUGGCAGAUACUCUUACGCUGUCGAGAGGUUCUUCACCGCCAUGGACGAAGCGGCAGCUUUCAUUGUCACCAUGUCUAAGAAGUUGGACACGGAGCAUCACCACUCCCAGCCAAGGAUUCACAAAAUUUUCCAGGCCGCGCUGGCCAUGAUCGUGGAUGUUGUCAUUGACAUCACUGCCUCUUUUGGUAUCUCCAAGACUGGAGUGAAUGAGAAGACUGUCGUGACGCAGUUUGAGUCGAGGUUCGAAGUCAUCAUGGUCAGACUCACCCAGCUGCGCGCAGAACUCUACCUACAGACCCUGGUCCACUGGUGCGAUGGUGAUGUCUCUUCCACCGAAACGUUGCUCCUGCUGCUGCAAAGCUUCGAAGACUUUGGCCUCGAGACCUGCCCCCCCGCCUACCUCCACAUUCUCAUCAAGGUCUGCCUUUCUCUUGAAUCUCACGGUGAGAACGUCGUGUCUCUGAAGUGGUUCCGCUUCCUCUGGACCUCCCUGGAGAUGCACCGUCAUGAGUGCGAGAUCUCUUACGAGCAGUACUUUGCAGUCUAUCAAGAGUAUAUUGUUGUUCUUGGUCUGCACGAGGAGUACAGGGAGCGGCUUCUACUGGCUGAGGAGUUCCAGGCACUGGUACUCGCGGAGCUUGGCUCAAAGCACCUGAUCUACAUCCGCUCCCGCAUCGAGUUCGCCAAGCUCCUCGAAUUGGACGAGAUUCGCUACACUGAGGCAGUCUCGAUUUAUGAGGAGUUGAGCCACUGUGACCUUCACGGCUUUGAGGAAUGUCGCGAGGAGCUUCUAGCCUUGAUCGAGGUCACCAAGUACCGCCUUUCCCUCCUGUUCGAGAGCCACCCGGAUAUGAGCCAUCGUGCCGAAGUCCUUCUCAUUGACGCCUUCAUGUCUCUCAAGUUGAAGCUGUGCUACUCGGACGAAAAAGUCAUCAUCGCCCUGACUCGCAUCGUCGAGUACCAUCGCAAGCAGAAGCGCCAUGGCAGCACUUCAGCAGCCAUCAAAGUCAUCGAGGAAUACAUCCUGGGUCUUUUGGUUGAAGAGCGCCGGGAGGAGGUCCUCUUUAACAUAGCACGUACCUUGUCUAAGCUGUAUCGCGAGAUCUCUUCGGUCGAACUUGGCAUCAAGUUCAUCCAGCACGUCAAAGAGCAGGUAGUGUGUGGCGAGCACAGCGUCAUCGAAGGGCACUGCGGGUUCGCUCAUGGCCAGAUUGCUCAGCUUGACCGACGCUGCUUCGUCUUCAUCCAUGCUUUCGAGCAGCUUCUCUGCGGGUACGGACGGGAGAAGAUGCUGGAUGACAUUAUCCGUGACAUCUACACCGAGACCUGCCUGUACGAAGCGUGGUCCGUCUCUGUUCGUCAGACCAGUCGGGAUAUUCACGUCCGUCUGGCUGCUGGAGCCAGAUUGGUCGUGUUCCUGGAGCAGAAGGGUCGACACGGAGAGAUGAGACAAUUGAGGACAGAGAUGUGGGAGAUGUUCAAAUCUUUUGCUCCUGCAUCCAUCAGCACCGAGUCCUUGUGGCAACUAUUCGAGCUCACUCUCUCAAACAUUCACAAGAAGACGGUCUCAAUCACCCUUCUUGAGUGCUUGGUAGAUGUAUCUUUGAGCAUCUUCACCAAGGUCAAAGACUACACUGUAUCUCUCCAACUUCUGCGCUGGUCCCAGAUCUACUUCAAGCAGCUCACAAAGACGCACCACUCCAAGAUUGUCGCUCUAGCUUUCCGAAUCUCGGAAUCCUUCACACGAUGCCAGCACAGCAAGACUGACGUUAUCUUCCUUGAGCUUCAAACCAUCUCCUCGGAGAUCCUCGUCGAGGUGCUCAAAGUCGGUCAUCUGGACAUGGACUUUGGUACCAUCCCUCUUGGCCAGCUCAACGUCAUCAUUCGUCUCCUCGGCGAACGCAAGAAUUUCUCCAUGCUGGAACAGAUCCUUCAGUAUCUCUGGGACACCCGAAUGAGCCGCAACUGGUCCAGCGCCACCACCGUCGCUACAGGCCGUCGUCUGUGUGAAGUCAAGUUCGCCGCCGGCCACCAGACCUCGGCUCUGGUCCUGCUCGAGAGCAUAUGUUACAACUUGCGCGACGUGUAUGGAUCGCUGCAUCGCUUGACCGUCGAGUGUGAGACCCUCAGGGCUAGCUUCCACAAUACUUGCGGCGAUCACCAAGCUGCCAAGGAUAUCCACGUUCACCUGCUCGAGCAGAUUGGCAAGAUUGACCGGAACGACUCGAUGCUCGAUCAGGAACAUCUGCAUGGUGUUGCGAGUGACCAAGCCAAGAGGCUAAAGUGGGCGUACCACAAUCACCAAAAGGGCGACGAUGAGAGAGACGAGGUCUUCUAUGAGUCGUUGCUUCACAAGACCAGCGAUCACCUUGAUGGGCACGCUUCCCAUGACAUUUCGGAUUUGGGAGAGAUUGCGGCUUUGGGCGGCGAGAAGAUAGAGACCAAGUGGAAGCUUCCCAGUGAUUGGAGCUUGCCAAUCAAUGAGAUGUCCUGA